UCCCGGACUCGGGAGGAAGUUCCCGGGUCGCGGCUCGUCACCCGGGGCCGCCGUGAGUCUCUGGCGGGCUCGGGCCAUGGAGGCGGAGCCGCCGCUCUACCCGGUGGCGGGGGCCGCGGGGCCGCAGGGCGACGAGGACGGGUGCUGCGUCCCCGACGGGCCCGAGGCCCCGCUGGACGAGCUGGUGGGCGCGUACCCCAACUACAACGAGGAGGAGGAGGAGCGCCGCUACUACCGCCGCAAGCGCCUCGGGGUGCUCAGGAACGUGCUGGCGGCCAGCGCGGGCGGCACGCUCACCUACGGCGUCUACCUGGGCCUCCUGCAGAUGCAGCUGAUCCUGCACUAUGAUGAGACCUACCGCGAGGUGAAGUACGGCAACAUGGGGCUGCCCGACAUCGACAAGAAGAUGCUGAUGGGCAUCAACGUGACGCCCAUUGCGGCCCUGCUCUACACACCCGUGCUCAUCAGGUUUUUUGGUACCAAGUGGAUGAUGUUCCUGGCCGUGGGCACCUAUGCCCUCUUCGUCUCCACCAACUAUUGGGAACGUUACUACACACUUGUGCCCUCAGCCGUGGCCCUGGGCAUGGCCAUUGUGCCUCUUUGGGCUUCCAUGGGCAACUACAUCACUAGGAUGGCCCAGAAGUACUAUGAGUACUCCCACUACAAGGCGCAGGAUGAGCGGGGCCCCCAGCAGCGCCCACCCCGGGGCUCCCAUGCACCCUAUCUCCUGGUCUUCCAAGCCAUCUUCUAUAGCUUCUUCCAUCUAAGCUUCGCAUGUGCCCAGCUGCCCAUGAUCUACUUCCUGAACCACUACCUCCAUGACCUGAACCAUACGCUGUACCAUGUGCAGAACUGCGGUACUAACAGCGAAGGCAUCCUCAACGGCUUCAACAAAACUGUUCUGCGGACUCUACCGCGGAGUCGAAACCUCAUAGUGGUGGAGAGCGUGCUCAUGGCGGUGGCCUUCCUGGCGAUGCUGCUGGUGCUGGGCCUGUGCGGCGCUGCGUACCGGCCCACGGAGGAGAUCGACCUGCGCAGCGUGGGCUGGGGCAACAUCUUCCAGCUGCCCUUCAAGCACGUCCGCGACUUCCGCCUGCGCCACCUCGUGCCUUUCUUUAUCUACAGUGGCUUUGAGGUGCUCUUUGCCUGCACUGGUCUUGCCCUGGGCUACGGUGUGUGCUCAGUGGGGCUGGAGCGCCUGGCCCACCUCCUCGUGGCUUACAGCCUGGGCGCCUCUGCCUCCUCAGUCUUGGGCCUGCUGGGGCUGUGGCUGCCGCGCCAGGUGCCCCUGGUGGCUGGGGCCGGACUGCACCUGCUGCUUACUCUCAGCCUCUUCUUCUGGGCCCCCACGCCUCGGGUUCUGCAACACAUCUGGAUUCUCUAUGUAGCAGCUGUUCUUUGGGGUGUGGGCAGCGCCCUCAACAAGACUGGGCUAAGCACACUCCUGGGAAUCCUGUAUGAGGACAAAGAGAGGCAAGACUUCAUCUUCACCAUCUAUCACUGGUGGCAGGCCGUGGCCAUCUUUGCAGUGUACCUGGGCUCCAGCCUGCCCAUGAAGGCCAAGCUGGCCGUGCUGCUGGUGACGCUGGUGGCGGCCUCGAUCUCGUACCUGAGCAUGGAGCAGAAACUGCGACGGGGCGUGUGCCCGCGCCAGCCGCGCAUCCCGCGGCCCCAGCACAGGGUGCGGGGCUACCGCUACUUGGAGGAGGACAACUCGGACGAGAGCGACGCGGAGGGCGCGCGCGGCGGCGGUCCUGGGGACGGCGCGGAGGAGGAGGCGCCGCUCGUGGGGCCCGGGCCUGGCCCCGCGCCCCCUGGGCCCUGCCGCAGGCCCUGCCCCUACGAGCAGGCGCUGGGGGGUGACGGGCCUGAGGAGCAGUGAGGGGCUCAGCCGCCGUCGGGUCGCGGCCGUCCCGCCUCGCCGUCCUGGGGAAGGACCCCCUGACCGCCGCCCGCGUUCGGGACGGCCCUCCGGGAGCCUGGGGGCCGCCCCGCAGCCCCCUCCCGGGUAGGCCUGGGCCUUGAGACCCCUCGGCCUCGCCUCCGGGUUGAGACAGCGCAGCCGCCGCCCGCCGCCCUGGCCGCCCGACACCGCGCCAGCGCGUGUCCCGCCCGAACAGGGCCGGCGCUCCGCCGCCCGGACCCAGCAGGGGGCGCGCUUUGUACUUCCCACCCCGGGGUGCGCCUCGGUCCCGAGGCGCGACUUUUUAUAGAAAAUGAGCAAUAAAAAUAUUUUGUACUGUC